AUGAUUCGUCGAGUUUAUGCAGCCGUCGUUAAAACUAUUGGACAAGGGCCAGUCUAUGAACUAGUGGACGUACCACAACCGACGAAAAAUCAAGUUCAAAUUCAAGUCAUUGCUGCUGGCAUACACAAAGUCGUUCGAUCGAUUGCUGACGGUCGACACUAUGUCAAAGUCAAAACUUUACCAUUUAUUCCCGGUAUAGAUGGCGUAGGAACACUUCCUGAUGGAAAAAAAGUUUACUUUGUAAACAUGGCACCUCCGAAUGGUACGAUGAGUCAAUUAGUUAACGCUGACGAAAAUAUGACAAUCCCACUCCCAGAGAAUGCAGAUCCAGUACAUUUUGCUGCUAUUAUGAACGCUGGUUUAGCUUCGUGGACAGCUUUGACUGAACGUGCACAAAUAAAAUCAGGUGAAACGGUUUUAGUACUCGGUGUUACAGGCAGUUCAGGUCAAAUGGCGGCGGCAUCAGCUCGUCUACUCGGAGCAAAACGGGUUGUUGGUGUUGGACGAAACAAAAGUCUUCUUAAUCAAUUGGUCGCCGAUGGAACCAUCGACGUUUCUGUUCCUUUAGAUGAUGAUGAUACAAAAUAUCAAGAAUUAAUUGCAAAAGAAGCUGCCGAUGUUGACAUUGUAAUGGAUUUUCUUUGGGGCCGACCAACCGAAAUUGCCAUGGCAGGUAUUCAUUCUGGACGCAAUGAUUCGUCUCAACACCUACGUUGGGUACAAGUUGGUCAAAUGGCAGGCGCAACGAUUCAAUUGAAUGGUGGAUUUUUGCGAAGUAAAAAUGUAGAACUGAUUGGAAGUGGCAUUGGUCCCAUUUCGAUGAAACAGAUGCUACAAAGUCUUCAACGUAUGGUACCAAUGGUCGUCGAAGGAAAACUGAAAACAUCGGUUUUAACAAUACCAUUGAAGGAUAUCGAAAGUAAAUGGCAAGAAACAGCCGAUGCGAAAGAACGUGUAGUCGUUGUCAUGUAG